GUUGAGCUAUGUUCCCCGAGCAGGAGCACAUGCUCGCUACCGCAAGGCGGGGCCUCUGACAGCGGAUGUGACCGAGGCCCACCAGGACAUCCCCGAGAAUGCCACGGAUGCCGAGUUCCCGGUGGACCGAGACAUCUCUUUGGCCGCGGCGGAGGUGUCGGCGAGGAACCAACUGGAACGCAUUCAGUCGAUGCGGAAGGGAGCUGGUUCCAAGGCCAAGAGCAAGCCACCACCUUCGGAGCCCAAGAACAACCGCUCAGAGGAGGAGUCGACUUCCAGCAGCCCGAUAUCCCCAGGAACCAUCGUGAUCCCGGAUGCCGAGAUUCCGGCUCAUCCUGGACGAAAAGCCUCUCGCCCGAACGAGGUGAUCCCCGAGAACCUGGAGUACGACUCCCGAGCUUCGAAGGACGAGAUCGAGGCGCUGGCGAAGGAGCUCUUAAGGGACUCGAAGUUCGACUAUGACACGGCCGAGGCGUUCCUCGAGAAUAUGAACCCCAGGACUUGGACGCCUACCCGGACGGCCUCUACCGGAACUUCCCCCACGUCCUUCUCGAUUAGCUUUGGUCUCUUUGCGCACGGGAACAUGGCUGGCUUGACGCGGGCCACCAGACAAAUGCCGCUGACCUGCCAGUACUUGAACGGAUGCUUGAAGCAGUGGCGGCCCGAGUCGAAGGUUACCUGGACCUCCUUCACCAUCGGCCUCAACGUCAAGUCCAAGAUCCACAUCGAUGCUCAUAACUAUGACAAGUCGUGGAAUAUGACGUGCACCCUCGGAUCUUUCUCUGGAGGAGAGCUAUGGUUGGAGAUGUUGGAAGAUGAUGGCCCAAUGCCGUCGAGACUUCAAUGGGAGACGAAGAACAAUGGCGAACGAGCCCCUGGACGUUUACUGUCUUCGUGGAGAAACUCUGUCAUCUUUCACCCAAAGACCUACCACAAAACCCGAGCUUGGACGGGAAGGAGAUGGUUGAUGGCUUCGUUCACGGCCCGGUCUAUCAAGAGUUUGGAUGUGGAUGACCGAGCUUUUCUGAGGCGUGUGGGCUUCCCUCUUCCUUCUGAGCCGAUCACACGACCCGCGAUCCAGCAAGACAUGCUGGCAACGAUCGAAGACAAUGAGGAGACGAAGGAUCUGGUGCAGCCCCUGCUUCCUGAGGACCAGGAGUCUAUCACCGAACCCCUCCUGGCCAUUCAUGACAGUCUCGAGGACAUCUUUCUGGAGUACCCGAGUCCGGUCCAGCAAGACGUUCUUCAUCUCUGUGACCCUUGGAUAGAGCAAGAUCGAUGUGAGAAUGACAUGCAAGACGCCGGACUCCGGACCACCUAUGCCGGCUUCUAUGAGGGUUGCGACUUGGGAACCCAUGCCGGUUAUGUGAAGGCGCAAGAGUUGAUGAGCUCGUCUUCCUACAGAUGGGUGGUAGUUCACGUACCACGAGGACCGGAGAGUCUCUUUUCGCAUGAGGUUGAAGGAGACUGGAAGCUGGGUACACGAGCCAAGAGAUAUCUGAAGUUGAUCCGACACCUGCUCCUUCUUUCUCAGAGAGCACUUCAGAAAGGAGCGCGCCUAAUCUGGGUGAUGUCUUCACAGUCAAGAGUGUUGGAGCUAAGCGAAGCCAGGCACUUCUGGCGAGUCCAUGGACGAGGAGACCCCUUCCUUUGGACAUCCGGCGUGAGAGUUGUGGCAACCGAUGUGAUGAUCCGGAAUACCCUCUCUACUACCACUUCUGGGGUCCUACGACCACCUAUCGAAGGUGCGUCAGCACCAGUAACCGAUGUGAUGAGCCGGAAUACCGUCUCUACUACCACUUCUGGGGUCCUUUGUCAGAGUAUAUGGCAGCAGAUGGCGCAGUGUCUUUCCAGUCGUUUAGAUGAAGUGCUUUGGUCUCAGGUCGAAGGUGGACAUGUUCUUGCCGUAGACACUACUGUCCUGAAUACGAUGACCACAGAGGAGCUCAGCAAACUCAUGGAGUCAGUGCGACAGCUACACCGACGAUUUGGUCAUCCUUCGAACAAGCUGUUGAUUAAGAAUCUGGAGGCACGGAACGCAGACCCAAAGAUCAUUGCCGCGGCAUCCCAACUUCGGUGUGACGAGUGCUUGGAGGGACGGAUCAAACUACCCAGCCCAGUGGUGAACCUGGAGAGAUGCGAUAAACUAUGGUCAUGUCUCCAAGUGGAUGGCUUUGACUUCAAGUACAAGAACCACUACCACCACUUUGUGCUCUUGGUUGACGAAGCUUCCGGAUAUGCUGUGGUUCGUGAAGCGUAUGUCACUCAUGAAGACCAAGGGAGAAACCUCACCACGCAGGAGCUCAUGGCCAUCUUGGAAGAGGGCUGGUACCAGUACUUCGGAUACCCGGAAGUACUGAAGAUGGACCUCGAGGGGUCACACCGCGGCAAGCUGCUACGAGAAGAGUGCUUUGGCAAGGGGAUAUAG